AUGUCAGAAUCAGCAGCAUCGUUUUAUUUUACUUCAAGAAAUUCAUAUCUCCUCCUUCACCUCGACCUGUUCUGCCGUUCACACCUUUACGGCUUCACCGACUCACCUUCAGAUCGCCUCACCUUCACCUGGGAGUUCAAUCCGUCGUUCACCUCACCUUCACUUCAGAAUUUAGAUCGCCUCCUUCACCGACACACCUUCACGGCUUCAGCGACUCACCUUCGUGACUUCAGCCGGGCCCUAGGAAUGGAAAGUCAGAGUGUGAGUUCGAGUAAUCCGGCUCUAAGCACCAAUGCCAAUGUUGAUAAUCAAACUCAAGAAAUCUCUAGAAACACUUCACAAAAAAACAAUCCAAAAAAGAGGAAGGAGAGGAGCAUCGCUUGGGAUCAUUGUACAAGGAAAAUUAUUCACGAUGAUGAAGGAAAUGAGGAGAUGGUUGCUAUUUGCAAGCAUUGUCAAUUACAAAUGCCGGCCGAUUCAAAAAGGAAUGGAACGAGAGGCCUUCUCAAUCAUUUGUAUCAUAGGUGUGAGAGUUCUCCUCUUCGUGUGGUGAUGGACAAGAGCCAACCCACAUUAACUCAGUCGAUGAUGGGAGGUGAAGUAAAAAUUUCCGACUUCAACCAAAAAAGACUCGACAAGAUGUGUGUGAAGUGGAUUAUCAAGGCGGAGAUGCCUUUUCGAACUGUAGAGCAACCGGACUUCAAAGAAUUUAUUCUUGAUCUUCAACCUUGUUAUAAGAUUCCUAACCGGAGGAAGAUUGCAAAGGAUGUGUGGAGUUUAUUUUGCGAAGCUAAAGCAAAGAUCAAAAGUAUCAUUGGUGAUCUCCGGGUGAGUAUCACAACCGAUACUUGGACCUCUAUCCAAAAUAUCAAUUACAUGGUGGUGACGACCCAUUUUAUUGACUCGGAUUUCCACUUACACAAAAGGGUGCUAAAUUUUUGUAAAAUUACUUCUCAUAAGGGUGAAGACAUAGGAAGGUGUCUCGAAGAGAAGUUGGUCGAAUGGGGCAUAAGUAAGGUGUUUACCAUUACCGUGGACAAUGCGAGUUCGAAUGAUGUGGCCGUGGAGUAUUUAAAGAAGCAACUCCAGAAACAUGAUGGCCUUAUGCUUGAUGAAAACUUGCAUAUGGGGUGUGCUUGUCACAUAAUUAACUUGAUUGUGAAGGAUGGGAUGAAAGAGUUGGUAGACUCCAUUGAAGCCAUCCGUAAUUGUGUCAAGUAUAUUCACUCUUCAAGUGCGAGGUUGGAUAAGUUUCAGGAGUAUGCGGCUUUAGAGAAGAAAGAUAAAAUGUCGACUAUCCCGAUGGAUGUUGUGACUCGGUGGAAUGCCACAUACAUCAUGCUUCAUAGUGCUUACAAGUUUAAAGGUGUAUUUGCAAGGUUGGAGGAAGAAUUUAAGCCUUUUAAGACAUACUUUGAAGAGGGAAGAGUGGGGCCUCCGAAUGAUGAAGAUUGGGAAAAGGCUAUGGGAUUUGCACAUUUCCUCAAGAAGUUCUAUGAUGUCACCGUCAAGCUUAGUGCCACCAAAACUCCGACCUCGCAUCUUGUUCUAAAAAUCUUGAUAAACUUGAAGAUUGAGAUUGAGGCUAGAAUUAAAGAUAAGAAAAAUAUUGUGUUGCAAAAUGUGGCUACUUCUAUGAAGAGGAAGUUUGAUAAAUAUUGGGGCUCUUUCGAAGAUAUGAACAUAUUAAUGUUUGUAGCCCAAACCCUUGAUCCACGUUAUAAAUUUCAAUUGAUGGAGUUGCAAUUAGGGGAACUUAGCUACACUUUUGAUGAAAUUGAGCACCUUAAGAGUCGGGUGAAAGCACACUUGUAUCUUAUGCAUGAAACUUAUAAAGGAACGGAAAAGUCACAUGUGGAUGUGCAUGAGGAUGGUGAUGAUGGUGUUGAUCUUGGUGGUGGCGGUGGUGAUGAUGAUGAUAAUGAAGAUGAUGAUGAUGAUGAUGUGGAAUUGAGGAUAGAGCGAAGACUUAAUAGGCAAAGAAAGGAAGCAAACCUCAAAGAGAUAGCUAAUGAAGUUGACAAGUACUUUAAUGAUGCAUAUGAAAGUACAAGGAAUGAUGAUUUCGACUUAUUGGCGUGGUGGAAAAGUAAAAUCUCAAGCUACUCUAUUCUUUCCAAGGUUGCUAAGGAUGUACUUGCUUUUCCUAGUUCGAUCGUUGCUAGUGAAAAUGCCUUUAGCCUUGGAGGAAGGAUUGUGGAUCCGUUUAGAGCUUCUUUGACAUCUAGGAUGGUCGAGGCCUUAGUGUGCACAAAUGAUUGGCUUAGAGGGGAGGAAUUUCAAUUUCACAAGGAGCCUACGGAAGAAGAGCUUGAGUUCUACAUGGAACUCGAACAAUUGGAACAAAGUAUUCCCAAUACAAAUGAAAUGCCACCACCUCCAUCUAAAAGUUCAAAUCAUCCCGAGUCCGGAAUUAAUAAAUUACAAUCCCAUCCAUCUAGAGGGGGAAGAGGGGGAAAGGGUCGAUCAAACCGUGGUGGACGUGGCGGUGGUGCUACAUCAUCGAGCAAAUUAAUAGAUGAGGUUCUUGUAGUUUAA